GCAAACACUAUUGGUUUCCACGGGCAACGAGUUUGUUGACAGAAACGUAGCGUACGUUGGAGUGUAAAGAAUGAUCAGCCGAGAGGAUAUUAUCGCCCUAGAGGUGCGUUGCUUAGAGCAAAUCCGAGAGGAUGUCCUAUACUCGCUGCGGAACGACGCCAAACUGCGGGCGGUUUUGACGUCGAAGAAUUAUGACGAAUUCAAAAAUAUUGUCGAUUCGGCGCACUUGACACCACUGACGGCGGGUGAUAAAAGUAAUGCGAAAACCAAGCACCGUCUUUGGAACAGCUCGUCACGAUUGUAA